CAAACGCCGCCGCGGGCCGUAGUUGUAUGUUGGAUUCAGGAGGGUCAAAAUAACCUUUCGCUCCACAUCCCGGUUUAGGCUUGGCAACAAUUGGCCACGCAAUUUAUCCGCCUCUCCAAAUUGUGAUGCAUCUUCCCUUGCUGCGCCGCAAGACAACUAACGUCAAGCUAAACUAAGACCAUAGCCAUUUGUUGCUGCCUAAUCCCUGUCUGAUCAGCUGUUACAAGGACGCUGUAGAGGCAUUCCGUUUCAUCCGAAACGUUUAACUGACAAAGCCGUUGCUCUUCCGCGUGGCCCUCUGUCAGAGUCGUGCAUCUCAGUGCAAAAGCCCUCGUAACCCCAAACAAUAACAUUUUCUUGCUGUGUCCCAAAGUUCCAACUAAUCCGCUGCUAUGGCCUUCUCCAAAGUCGCAUCGCUACUCCAGUCUCUCGUCGACGCUGUCAUAGGAAAGGAGCCUAAAAUACAAUGGACCCUAGACAACCCCUCCACGGUCGGCAAGAAAAUUGUCGAACUUCUUGAAGCAGGCUCCUACCAAGACCUGCGCAAUCUCUUAACCCGUCGCAUUCGCUGGCUCCUGUCGACUAAUAAGCUGGAAACAUCAUGGAAAUCUGUACUCGAUUCACAGGGCAAAGUGGUAUCCGUUGGGGAAGGCGAGGUUACCAAGAGCGGUGACGUGACAAUCGUGCGCUUCCCGCUCGUUCUCGAAAAGAUUGCUGUAAAAGUGGUCGUCCGUAUCAGCACUAGUGGCUACGUGACAUCCAUCCGCGCAGUCCCUGACCACUCCAAUGUGCCUUGGUCGCCGCCGGAUUAUGUUGAUGAGUCGUUGUUUGAGGAGUCAGAAGUUACGCUCGGAGCCGACGAUCGCGAUGUCCCCGCAAGCCUCGUCCUCCCUCACAGCCCAUGCGCAGCGAUUAUAAUGCUCCAAGGUUCUGGCGCUGCUGACCGCAACUCCUCAGUGGGGCAACUUAAACCCUUCAAGGAUCUGGCAUGGGGUCUGGCAUCAAAAGGCAUAGCCAGCGUACGUUUCGACAAGGCAGCUUUUGCGCACGCAGAAAGACUCAGUGAGAAUAUUACACUAGAAGACGAGUACAUAUACCACGCUCGCGCGGCCAUCGCGCUUUUGCGCUCGCGAUCUGAGGUCGCGGGAUUGCCAGUCUUUAUACUUGGGCACAGCCUCGGUGGUUGUAUUGCUCCACGUGUUGGAAAGGAGGAGCCUUCAAUCGCGGGACUUGUGAUACUCGCUGGAUUGACGGAGGCAUUGCAGAGAUCUGCGAUUCGGCAAAUGAAGUACAUUAAUACGUUGAAGGAUAAGACGUACCAUGUUUCGGAGGCCGUUCUAGACGCCGCAGCAAAACAAGCUGAGCUUGUUGAAAGUCCUACCCUCAGUCUCUCGACGCCGACAUCGAAACUUCCUUUCGCAGUGCCUGCAUCAUAUUGGCUUGAUAUUAGGAAUUAUAAUCCUGUCUCCACCGCCGCAGGGUUGGGGAAGCCAAUGUUGAUAAUGCAAGGAGGAAGGGACUAUCAGGUUACGCUAAAGGACGACUUUGAGGGCUGGAAGAAAGGAUUGGAUGAAAUUAUGGGGAUAGAGUUCAAAGUUUACGAUGAUAUGAACCAUAUGUUUCGGAAGGGGAAGGGGAUGUCAUCGCCGGAUGAAUAUAAUGUGGUAGGGGGCCACGUCGAUGGAGAUGUGGUGGAGUAUAUUUCGAGGUGGAUUACUCAACUGACCUUGCCCCGUUCGUCUAGUUAGGGAAACACUAUAGGUACACUUAUCCCGAUUUCCUGAUUGUAGGGUUUCCUAUGGUGUAAUCAUUACUAUUUUAUGACCUAAUUAUGCCUCAUGUAAACA